UGAUCGUGCCAAAAUAAUUAAUAGUAGUAAAAAUAAACCACGUGUUUUUAGAUCAGAAGGGGCCGUUGGUUAGGCGGCGGCGACUCGAAUAGCGUGAUCGGACGGUUCCUUUCGAUGUUUUUGACGGGCGAUCUCCGAGAUUGGUCGCCUGAACCAAACGGCGUCUCAUCACGAGACAGGUCUUCAUCGUUAAAUCCAACGGGGAUUACCACGGAGUAUUGGAGAAAGGCCGAGGAAACGACGCAGGGGAUCAUAGCCCGUGUCCAGCCCACUGUUGUUUCAGAAGAGAGAAGAAAAGCGGUUAUUGAUUACGUUCAGAGAUUAAUUAGAAAUUAUCUUGGUUGCGAGGUAUUUCCAUUUGGGUCUGUGCCCUUGAAGACCUAUCUUCCUGAUGGGGAUAUCGAUUUAACAGCCUUUGGUGGCCUAAACUUUGAGGAGGUUCUGGCCAAUGAUGUCUGUUCUGUCCUUGAAAGAGAAGAGCAUAACACUGCUGCUGAAUUUGUGGUGAAGGAUGUCCAAUUAAUCCGGGCUGAGGUUAAGCUUGUAAAGUGUCUAGUGCAGAAUAUUGUGGUGGAUAUCUCGUUCAAUCAGUUAGGGGGGCUAUGUACCUUGUGCUUUCUUGAGAAGGUUGAUCGUCUUAUUGGAAAAGAUCAUCUAUUUAAACGUAGUAUUAUACUGAUCAAGGCUUGGUGCUACUAUGAGAGCCGUAUUCUUGGGGCUCAUCACGGCUUGAUUUCUACCUAUGGUUUGGAAACUUUGGUGCUCUACAUUUUCCAUCUAUUCCACUCAUCCCUAGAUGGCCCUUUGGUGGUUUUAUACAAGUUUUUGGAUUACUUCAGCAAAUUUGAUUGGGAGAAAUACUGCAUUAGUUUGAAUGGUCCGAUCCAUAUGUCCUUCCUGCCAGAUAUUGUGGUUGAGACGCCUGAAAAUGGUGCGGGAGAUUUACUGCUUAGCAAUGAUUUUCUCAGGGAAUGUGUGGAAGUGUUCUCAAUUCCAUCAAGGGGCUUUGAGACGAAUUCACAGGCAUUCCCUCAAAAGCAUCUAAACAUAGUGGAUCCUUUAAGAGAAAACAAUAAUCUUGGUCGCAGUGUGAGCAAAGGGAACUUUUACCGAAUAAGAAGUGCUUUCACUUAUGGGGCUCGGAAGCUAGGGAAGAUACUUUCCCAGCCAGAAGAAAGCGUAGGAGAUGAACUUCAUAAAUUUUUCUCAAACACUUUGGAUAGGGAUGGAAAUGGGCAGAGGCCUGAUGUUCAAGAUCCUGCUCCAUUGUUUGGAUUCAGAGGAUUUGGUGUGACAUCAUCAGUUUCAGGUACAGGGACAGGUACAAAGUCAUGUCAAGAAGAUCAAACCUUUUACGAAUCAGAAUCUUCAAAUUCAAGUACCGUGACUGGGAAUCAUAGAUCUGAUGAUGAGGGAUCAUUGCACAAAGUCAAUAAUGGUAAUGUGUCUGGCAGUGAAACAAAUUUCAGGGGAACCUUUAGCGAGCUGCAUGCAAAUUCUGUAUGUGUUUCAGGAAUUCGUCUUACAGGGGAUGCUAAAGACCUGGCAACCCCCAAAAUUCAAGGUCUUGUAAUUUCAAAUGAUGCACAUAAAUCCCCUCCAAAUUCAGAAGACAGUUUUUCCUUAUCAGGUAAUGUAAGUCUAAGGCAUGCAUCCCAUCUCUAUUUCUGUAACUCGUCUUUGGAUAAUGGAGAGAUGAGAUAUGGGAAUGGGGAACACAAACAGCCCGAAAACUCUGGCUCUACUGAAAAGAAUGCGAGUUCUGGUAUUCUUCCAGAGGAGAUGGGUGCUAAUGUACUUGGUGAUCACAGUGUGAAUCAGUUGGUUGCUAGUCAAGGGGUUCAGUCCCCUGCUGGACGGACAAACCAGCGAUUGAUCUCAAAUUCUGCUUGGUCAUCUGACGAUCUAUAUCCUGGACGUUCUGGUUAUCCAGCUCCUAGUAGUAGUGCUGGAAGUCGGGAUGUUUUGAGCUCAUUGUCUGAUCUUUGUGGGGAUUAUGAUGCAAACAUGCGCAGUUUGAGUUAUGGCCAGUGGUGCUAUGAUUGUGUCCUUAGUGCAUCUGUUCCUCCGAUUGGUUCACCUUUGGUUUCUCAGUUCCAGAGCACAAACUCAUGGGAUGUAGUACGCAAGUCGGUGCAGUUCAGGCAAAAUGCCAUUUCCCAAUGAAUUCUAAUGGCAUUGUCCCACGACAAGCCUACUAUCCUAUGAACCCACCAGUUUUACAUGGUUCUGGCUUUGGAAUGGAAGAUAUACCAAAGCCUCGAGGAACUGGGACAUACUUCCCCAAUCCCAGCACGAAGUAUUACAAGGAUAGGUCCUUGACCCCAAGGGGAAGGAACCCAGCACCAGCAAGAUCUCCUCGCAACAAUGGCAUCGCCAUUACACCCCCAGAGCCAAAUUCACCAGAGAGAUGGAGCCGUGAGCUGGCACAAAUACAGACCGUGAAUCAGGGUUUUGGAAAAUCAGGGACUUCUGAACUCCGACACUCUGGAUCUGAAAAAGUAUUAUCCCCUAAUGCCAAUGGCUCAUUGCAUCAGCCAGAUAGGCUUGUAGAAUUUGGGUCAAUUGCUGCCUUACCUUUGGUGCCAGCCUCUACAGAAAGUACUCGGCAGCAUAAUCCAGGUUAUCCUGAUGCUCAAAACUUGACUGCUAGUUGGCAACAAUUAGGAAAUCAAAGGCUAAAAUCAGCUGCGAUCAUGGAUCAGGACAGGAUACUUGUACAAUCAUUCCAUUUAAAAAACGAAGAAGAUUUCCCGCCUUUAUCCAUUUGAAAACAGCGAAGAGAGAAGGAUCGAUCUGAAUUUAUACAGUUGAAAAGGUUGGAAGAAUAGUGACAGUAAAUGCCAACAAAGUCGUGCCACUCAGCCUGUUUGAAUGUGGUUGUUUGAUAGCUAUUCCAAAGCCAUGUAUGGAAUUUGAUUAGUUUUGUGUGGUUCGAAGAUGUAUAUGUACAUUUUGACUAAUUUAUUUCCCCUUAAUCGUCUUCGUAGCUGUACUUUUAAGGUGAGUUAUUCAUGUAUAGGAUUAUGGAAUUAUGCCUUGGUUUUUCGCUUUGUUGUUUUCCUCAGGUUUUGAUACCUUGGCUCCUGGUUUUUGCCAAAAAAAAG